AUGACCGGUGCCGGGUUCGAACCAGAGACCUCAUCCACUGAGGUCCUUGAGGGAGAGAGGAUGGAUGGUAACCACAAAAUCUGUGCCUUGCGGAAUGAACUAGCUGAUGCAUUAAGGAAAGGUCCUUAUCAAGUUAAUAUGUUAAUUGGUGGAUAUGAUGAUAAAGAUGGAAGUGCAUCCCUAUAUUAUAUGGAUUAUCUAGCAUCUUGUCAGAAGAUAACACGUGGUGCACAUGGUUAUGCGGCAUAUUUCGUAUUAGGCUUAUUGGAUAAACUCUACAAGAAGGAUAUGACCCAAGAAGAAGGUCUUGAUGCCAUAAACCAGUGUAUUAAGGAGUGUAAGAAAAGGUUUAUCAUUGACAAAAGUAAUUUCGUCAUCAAAGCUGUGAACAAGGUAACUAUAGAGGUCCUAUCAUAA